UUAAAUAAACGCUUCCUCCGUACCGUCUUUGCCUUCUUCUCCACCCGUCGUGUCUGUGGUCUGUGUGUCUUACAAUUGGUGUCGGAGGUGCCUUAUUUACGCCGAGACAUGGCAGAUUAUCCUCAAGAUGCCCUUCCCAAGCUCUUUCCGGAGGAAUGUGCCCCCACAUUGCCAAGCAUUCCGCCACUUCCUCGCCCACCCAUGUUCCAGCCUUCCUCAGAUUAUCCAUGCUGGAAGAGCCGCAUGCUGGCGUUCCUCGACAUCGCCCCCGCAAGUCAUCAUUUCAUCCACGUCAUCAACAGCCUGUCCGACGACGCCUACGCUCUAGCUUACGCGGCUGGGUUCAGCAACACCAACCCCAUGCGCACCAACUGGGAGAUAUUAGACCGAUGCUUUAACUUGAGACGGAGCUCGCAGCACACUAUGCUCAGAUUCUACUCCCGUCGACAAUCACCAGGGGAGAGUUUCCUGGACUACCUCCAUGCCCUCCAGCUCCUGGCAGCUGGCCUUGACUGCCACAAGGACCUCCCCAGCCGAGAUCAGGCAGUAUGCACACGCUUCGUCGAGGGAAUGACGCCAGGAGAACUGCGCACACACCUACGACGUCAGCUUCCGACCAGCACAGUCGAACUACAGCAAAUUAUCCUCCAUUUCAUGGACGCGGAGAACGAUUACACGCCUACACCCAGCAGCUCUCGAUGUCCACUGCCAACAGUACCCACAGCAGCCACCACGACUCCCGUCCGCAGUGACCGUUCCAGAAGCCAACUGCGUUCAAAUGAGGAUGCUACGCGCGGAUGUUACUACUGCCAACGAUACGGGAAGAAGGCCCGCAAGUGCGGGCACAACCGUCAGCCCGACCGCAAAAGAAACGGUGAUGUGGCAUCAUUGGAGCAAGAGGAGGACCAGUUAUCAAAGCUUGUUAUAAAUGACGAUAACUAACUUGUACCCGGGUAAUUUGAG